UCUCUGUCUUAAGUCUUAACCAUUUUUUUAAUGAUCUAGUAUUAGCAAUCAAGAUCUUCUAAAACAAAAUUUUUAAAAUUAAUCUUAAAAUUCAAAUGGAGCUUACUAAUUUACCAGAAGGCUGUAUUUCCACAAUUCUUUCAUUAACAUCUCCAUUAGAUGUCUGCAAGUCAUCUCUUGUCUCAACUUCAUUUUUAUCAGCUGCAGAUUCUGAUAUUGUCUGGGAAAGUUUCUUGCCUUCUGAUUAUCAUGACAUUGUCAAAAAAUCUACAACUCAUCUCCGUUUUUGUUCGAAAAAGGAGCUUUUUCGUCGACUCUGCGACGCGGUUUACUUAGAUUGUGGUCGAAAGAUGUUGAAGUUGGAGAAAUUAAGUGGCAAGAAAUCUUAUAUAAUUUCAGCAAGAGAUCUUGAUAUAACAUGGAGUAAUCAAUCAAUGUACUGGAACUGGGUUUCUUUGCCUGAAUCAAGAUUUUCUGAAGUGGCGUCUCUUAGAACAACAUGCUGGCUAGAAAUACAAUCCAAACUCAAAACGAAAAUGCUAUCGGAAAAAACAUUAUACGCAGCGUUUCUAAUACUAAAAAUCUCCGACCGGGCAUACGGCCUUGAUUUAACACCGUCGGAGGUAUCAGUUGAAGUCGGCAAUCAAAUUACGUCGAGCGGCACAGCCUGUUUACGCCGUCGUGAAGAUAGCAUUAAACAGCAAAUGGAGUUACUAAUGUUUGGUAAUCGGACGCAUAUGCUGGCGGUGAAAGGGGAUGGGCGGGUUCCGGUGGAGAGAGACGACGGAUGGUCGGAGAUUGAGCUGGGAGAGUUCUUUGUUGACGGUGGAAGUAACGAGGAAGUGAAGAUGAGUUUGAAGGAAGUGAAGGGUCAACAUUUGAAAGGAGGGCUUAUUGUUGAAGGCAUUGAAAUUAGACCUAAAUAUUAAUGACAUAUAUGCAAAUUAGCGUUAAUUGCUUGUUCAAGAAUCAAAUAUCAUAUAGUAAUAUCAAAUUUUUUAAUUUGAUUUUGAUUUUUUUUUA